CCUCCCCCUCGCCCUCCCCCCACACAAAUCUCUCUUUGGCGCGCGUCCUUCCAGUCUUGACACCUAGAUUUUUGUCUUCAUUUCACAGCCUCCAUUUCUUCCUCUAGAUAUCUCUCUUUCCUUCUCCUUUCAAUGGAGUCUCUCAAUUCUUAAAGCUUCCCAUUUCUUUUCCCUCCAUGACCCCAAAACACAGCAAGGAAUCCGUCCUUUUUUUUUUUCAACUCCUCCACCAUGGUAACCACCAACCCACAAAAUCAAAACAACCCAGUUCAAAGCGUUCUCAUUGUUGGUAACUACUGCCACGAUGUCCUCCUCCAAAGAGGCUCCGUCGUUGCCGAAACCCUCGGCGGAGCGGCCUCUUUCAUUUCCAACGUCCUCAACGGCCUCUCCGUUUCUUUCCAGUUAACCUCAAAAGUUGGACUCGAUUUCAAAUACCCAGUUAGUUACGAUCCCAUCGUGGUCCCCGCUUCCAAAACCACAGUUUUCCACGCCUAUUUCGAUCUGGGUUUUAGCGAGAAUGCCCAUCAGGAUAGGGUCUUGAAACGGGUCGAAGCAUGCCACCCGAUUAACCCAUCGGAUCUACCCGAUAAAAGGUUCGAUUUUGGAAUGGCGGUUGGGGUUGGCGGGGAGAUAUUACCGGAAACGCUGGCGAAAAUGGUUGAAAUCUGCGAUGCCGUUUUUGUUGACAUCCAAGCUUUAAUCCGUGCUUUUGACAAAAACGGGACAGUAAGACUUGUGGGGUUAAACGAGAGUGGCUUUUACCAUUUGUUACCGCGGCUAAAGUUUUUAAAGGCUUCUUCGGAAGAGGCUCUGUUUGUGGAUGUGGAGGAAGUGAGGAAAUGGUGUUGUGUGUUGGUAACGCAUGGGAAAGAUGGAUGUGAGGUUUUCUGGAAAGAUGGGGAAAUUAAAAUCGGGCCUUUUGUGGCUAACCAGGUUGAUCCCACGGGUGCUGGAGAUAGUUUUCUGGGUGGGUUCAUUGGUGGUUUGGUUCAUGGGUUGGUUGUUCCAGAUGCUGCUUUACUGGGGAACUUAUUUGGUUCACUUACUGUUGCUCAGAUUGGUCUCCCUAAGUUCGACUUGAGAUUGUUACAGAGAGUUAAGGAUGAGGUGCAGAGACGGAAGCUGCACAGCACUUGCUCCUUUGAAACAAGAGAUGAUAGGUUGAGUUUCAGCAAGCCACCAGGGCAUGAAGAGUUCCACGCUUCCCUUGCUUCAACUAAAUUAGUUUCCACAUGCUCCAUUCAAGAAUGCCAACAAGAUCAGCCAAGAUCACCCAGGACAGUCGAGCAGGUUAUCUGCCCUCAGUGUAACGGGCAGCCAAAGUUGUUAGUAAAUUCUGUUUUUGACGAACCAAUUCAAACAGUGCAGGGUAGACCAUGAGUGUAUAGUUGGAGCAUUUUUCCUUUUUUCCGUAUCAAAUAAUGUGGCUUGUGAAGAAAUCUCUUUGAGCCUUGUUAGCCAUGCAAUGAAAGUCUGGAAAUCAAUGGCAAAUUAAAUUAGUUGAUUACUA